AUGAGAACCUCAACUUUGGUCGCCGCUUCCGCCGGUACUCUCUUGACCGGUCUUCUGGCCUAUGCCGUCUACUUUGACCACAAGAGACAGACCGACCCGGAGUUCCGCAAAGCAUUGAAGCGAAACAACCGCCGGAUGGCCAGAGCUGUCAAGGAGGAAGCCGAGGCUCACGGCGCCGAGCAGCGCGAAGCCAUCAAAAAGGCCGUCCAGAAGGCCAAGGAUGAAGGCUUCCCAGCUGACCUCGAAGAGAAGGAGACCUACUUCAUGACCCAAGUUGCCAAGGGAGAAUCUCUCUGCGCUGAAGGCACAGACAACGUGGAGGCUGCUUUGGCUUUCUACAAGGCCCUCAAGGUCUACCCCCAGCCCAAGGACUUGAUCUCGAUAUACGACAAGACCGUUCCCAAGGAAAUUUUGGAGAUCCUGGCGGAGAUGGUCGCCAUGGACGCUGGUCUCAAGUUGGGCAGCUUCACUGGUGGUGAGAGUGGUAGCCCCGAAGGCCCCGCUGUCGAAUAA